CCCCCCCUCAACCCCCGGCGGAAUCUGCUUGCCCGCGCCUCGAGGAAGGAAAGCAGGUGCCAGGAAUUGGACUCUGUCAUUUACAUCCUCAAUGAAUUCUUACGGGUUCGCACUCUCGCUAGGGACGCCACUGCCACAUCGGCUAAAUGACACAUACUUAUUCAAAACGGACGGCAGCGUUGGCGGUGCUGCUCCUGAGCCUCACGUCAGCGACCGCCUCUUGCCCUGAGGGAGAAGUUCAGGAUGCAACUGCUGUCCGAGGCUUCUUCUUCGCCGUUGCAGACACGUCCUCCACUGAAGUAGUGACGGUAACAAGCACGACUACACGCUUUGUCACGUGCACGACAACAAAGUACAACGUCGGUCCCUGUAGGAGCGGCAGGCAGCGUGCCCUCGUCUCUGCUGCGAACGUACGCGCUGGAAUUACGCAAACCAAAAACCCUUGGAAGAAUGCGAAGGAACUCCAGCUUGAGAGCUCCCUGGAGACGUCACCGCUUUUCCCGAAGGACCACGCCGCUCUAAAGAAAACUUGCAACACCUUGACCAGCAGUGGCCCCGACGGCCGCGUCAUGCUGACCCUCGAGCGAAUCACCUUCGCCACAGAAACGAUGACCGAACUCGUCACCGUAAGGGAUCCACGAAGCACAAUCUCUAUCACAUACGACGGAUGCAUUCCUCCCGACGCCAUUGACACCUUCGAGUGCCCGUAUGGCUACGGCUUCGGUUCCGACGAAGCAAUGAGUGAAGACGUCAGCCCUGUUAUAAGUCCCAGUGAAGAUACAAGUGUAGAUACCCCCAGUAUUACCGAAUGAAAUGCAAGAUUGAGUUCUACUCUUUCCGUGGUUUGUGAAAGCGACCGACCUUACUGAUGAUCCAUUGUAAGCCGAGGCUCAUGUCUGUUCCCUGAUGUUGACUGGUGUUUCAUUUUUCAAUAAAAAUACUUUUUUUUUUGCAUA